GCGGGUUUUCUAGCAGUUCUCGAUUGCGGCACUCGAUUGCGGCACUCGGCCCGCCUCGUACUGCCAGAAGGCCGGAAACCACCGCCAGCACCAGGGGACACAUCUCCACAGCGGCAGUUUUUGAAUAUCGGCCCUCCGGACCUCACACGAAGAGCACGCUCCGAUAGGCCGGAUACGUACUUCGCGGCGCCUCGAAGGCCGACGACGCAGAAACCACAAGAGCCAUGCCCAUCACCGUCCGCUCCUGCGCCCUCACGAGCUACGCCGCAGCCAAGGCGACGGCCCGAGCUUUAUCGGGUGCCGCGUGCCUCGUAGUUGUGUUAUACGCCUUCGGCGCCGUCGACGAGGCCUGUAGGGCCUAUCUCGUGAAGGAGCUUUCUCGAAGAUUAGGGAGCGCGACAAAAGUCGAUGAGUUAGAAUCUUCGCUUUUCCCCGGCGAGGUCAAAAUCGCCUCCUCAUCAAUAAACCAGCCAGAGGGCUUCAAAGACGUCUCAACGGACAUGGUCGCCGCGCGGCACGUCUCUAGUACGUUCUCUACCAAGCUCCUCGUGAAGCGGAGAUUAGUGAUCACGUCGGUCCGAGUCCGCCUGCUCAAGGUCUGCGUCGUGCGGCACAAGACGGGUAUGUUAAAUAUAGCUUUGCUGGAUGAAAAGCAGCGAGCCAAGUUCGACCCCGACGACCAAGAUACGGACUGGGAGGUCGUACCCCAGACCAUCGACGAGGCCUCCGACUUUUUGGAAAGGGCGGGCGAGGCGCCCGGGCUGCUCUCUGAGACGGCCCAGGAGGACGCGGAGAAGCUGCGGGACGAGGGGUUGCGGUUGUGGGGCAAGCUGCGGGCCGUCGGCGCGCGAGGCAUCGCCAAGGCCGUCGAGGCCACAAAAAGCUGGGAGGACCAGGCGCGCUCAAAGCCAUCUGACUUGGAGAAGUUGGGUUUGAAAGCGUUAGAUGCGGGGCGCUACGCGAAAGGUGUGGUCGAGGACGAGGUGCGCAAGAAGCGCGACUGGGCCGCCCAACAAGCGCGCGCGGCUUUACUGGAGCGCCUCGAGAAGGCCUUGCCUGAUGUGGAGGAGAAGCCGCAGUGGGUCGCCGCAUGUUUAUCAGGAGAAGUGACCUUCGAUCGCGUCGAACUCGUGCUGACGGGGAGCGGCGUGCCGCCCGGGCCCGCACUCGUCGUGGAGAUGUUAGUUGUGGACGGCAGCGACCUGGGCUCGUUGCCGCCGCGCCGAGCCAUGCGCAUCCUGGCCAAGCGCCUGGCGGAGAAAGCAUUGGAUGCGCUCUUGGACGCCUCCCCGGUCGACGUCAUUAGACUGGCGGCCGUCGUGGGUGCCGUGACGGCCGCGGAGGCCGAAAAAGCGGCGACGCGCGCGGCGCGCGACGCCGCCUCCCGGGCAAGAGCCCUGGCCGACGCCGCGGCGCGCGAGGCCGACGAGCGGACGCGGGAUUUUCGGAGGGAGCUCGCCGGGUACUCGCGGUAAGUGUACAUUUGACUGUUA